GACAAACAACUGUCAAUUCAGCUGUGGCAGCCAACAGUCGUAAAAGAUGAAAAUUUUGGUGUGUUGAAAAUUGGUAUGUAGCACAAUAAGUCGACAGAUUUUUAGUUUUUAACAUCUCAAAUCGUGUCCGUAAGUAUCUUAAGAAUCUCGCCCGCCAUAGAGAUCGCUACGAAUUAGGUGAAGGAAUAUGAAUCAGCCCCGACGGAACAAUUCGAAAAACACCAGGAACAUAAGCAGAAGUUAAUAUUCGCAGAAACCACAUAUCUAAAGAGGAGAGGGUGUAGAGACGGCGACGGCGUAAAAUUAGAUCGAAGCAAUCAAAGAGGGUGGACGCACAAAGGACAAAAGUUAUAAGACGUUCCAGACGGAAAGAAGUGACUAGUUUGUGUUUCUUAGUUUCGACGAUUGACUUAAUUAUAGUGUUACUCUACACCAAAAUAGAUUUUUGUUCUGGAACAUUUUACAACUCUUGUAACCUCUCUCCAUCCAGCCCACCAUUAUCCAAUGUAUUGAGCUAGCAUUGAAAACUUUCUUGCCUCAUCACAACCUGUCACUCUCGGACACGAUUUUGGGAUCCGCUGCAUUGUCACACAGUAGACAUUCAUUCAUUUUGUUAGAACACAAAAAAAACCUUUUGGAAGGAAAAGGUCAAAAUCUGAUCAUCCCAUCAUUCGUAAAUCCAUGUCGUGAUCCAGUAUUAGCACCCACACUGACGAAACCCCUAAAACCGCAAUCAGCCCUAACUGAUAUCUCCCUGCUGCUACUCUGCUACUCUAACUACAUUGACAUCGUUGGAUGUUGUGAUGUUCUCGAACGGGCUUCCCUGCAAUCUGCCCUUCCCCAGCUGCCUCGGGGUGCCAAAGGAUAGUGGAAGUGACGAGCUGCUACCGACAGCGAUGGGAAGCCGUGAGCCGGUCAUACUCAACGUAUACGAUAUGUACUGGAUCAACGAAUACACAACCUCCAUUGGACUCGGUGUGUUCCAUUCUGGAGUAGAAGUGUUUGGAACUGAAUUUGCCUACGGAGGACAUCCUUUUCCAUUUACUGGGGUGUUUGAGAUAUCGCCUCGAGAUCAUGAUGAAUUAGGCGAACAGUUUCGGUUUCGACAAAGCAUACAAAUUGGAUGCACCGAUUUUACCGAGGAGGAAGUUCGACGGAUAGUGGAAGAGCUGGGAAACCAGUUUCGGGGUGAUCGGUAUCACCUGAUGAACAACAACUGCAACCAUUUCUCCGGUUCAUUGACACAGAUUCUCUGCGGACAGGAAAUUCCCAGCUGGGUAAACCGGUUGGCACACUUCAGUUCAUGUGUACCUUUUCUUCAACGCUGCUUACCGAAUUUGCAGUAUGGGAAAACCAAUUUUCGUAACUGACAUUCUACGCCAUUGUCUACCGCAGGGAAUGGCUAACGCCCAAUGCCUUACAACAGUCGAUAGCCGCCGUGCAGGACCGUGACUCGGAUUCCAGUCCAUUUUGAGGAUAGCUUAUAGCGAAAACUAGUAAUAGCAUAGUGGAUGAUAACAGCAGGUCCGGUGUUUCCACCGUUGGAGCGGCAACCGAUAAAAGGAACCUUCCGUCAUCUAGUGACAAAUAAAAAAAGAAAAAAAACAAAACCUGCGCGACUUCCUAAAGGUAAUUCGUUGAGAGUCGGUAGCGAAUUUCAGUAGUGUAAUGUUGUUUGAUUUUCUCAUAAUUAAAGAAACUCAUUUUAAAAAUGAUGAAAACUUGUCGACAUGCUCGUGUAUGUGUUUUCACUAUGUAUUUUUUUCUUGCUUUCACUCACGCUAAACCAAAUGAAUAAUUUGAUUUAUCUACUGUAUUUUAAGUUCCAGUUCGAAACGCAGUCUUUCGAAAUGUUUGCGAACUGUUUAAAAUUUUCACCAGCUGAUAUUAACAAAACUAAAGUUGUACUCAGAAGAGUAAGCAAAUAUACAUAUAGUUGUAAAUUAACCUUCGAGAAGCAGACGAGAUAAUAGUAUUUGUUUCAAAAUAAAAUAAUAUUAACAACAGAUUGACAAAAACUUAAGUAUAAGCAUGUGAAAUGUGUAAUAAAUAGGUAUCUAAUCGAAGUUUGGAGAAAGUCUAUAUUAAACCAGAAUGGAAAUAGUUCAGCGAACAAAAGUUAAAAAUAAUACUGUUUUAACGGCAACUAAAACUAUAAACCACAGUUUACCGGGUUAGUUAAUCGGGACGGAGCCCCGGAUAAAAAGCAAGCUGAGGUAACAAGCACACAGAGUUUAUUCGAAACCCAAUCUACUAGAGUGAGUAUGCAGCAAAUGUAGUUGAAGUGAUUGACCAUAAAAAUCAACAUUAUUUGUACAGAUCCUCCUUUUAAAUACUGAAAUAUUAACAAUAUGUUAAAAGUCUGUAGGCUAGGGAAAAUUACCGUAACGUUAGCCAUAAUGGAUGGAUUCCUAAGCAGUUAAUGGGAUGCUUUCAUUGUGUUUCAAUUUUACACUGAUUGCCCUUUUCGAACUAACAAUUAACUGUAAUGACAUCAAAUAAACGAAAAGUAUUUAUGAAGUGAGUGGUGCCAUUAAGAAGAUGCAGUUGUUUUAAGCGGAAUCUAUGUAGAACAAUUAUAGAGGAUGCUAUAUCUUCUAAACUUGUGACGAAUAUUUAUUGCAGGUCUCUCUCAUCUGACAUGUAGUCGUGUGAUAUAGCUGAUGGUAUUUAUUAUUUUGAUCAAUAAUAUCAGUGAAGUAUUCAGCCUACGUAAUAUUACGCCAGUUGGCGAUUCUGUACCGAUAGGAUCAGACCAUUUUUACACAUAGACAGAAAUAGUUCUCUUUCCAAACAUUUUAGGGGUCUUCACAUCGAGCUCGUAUACGAAUACCGAGCCGUAAACUGCGUAUCUUCUAUUACUCGUCAAUGGAGGUGAGUAUUUUUACGGCUGGGUAUUUGUUUACGAGCUCGACAUAAAUCCCCCUUUUAUACUUUUACCUUGUAUUACUUGCCAACGUUUUUUAGUCGAGUUAACACCUAUGUUCACAGGAAUAUGAAAAUCGACAACAACAAACAACAGCCCCGUAAGGUGAUAUUUUUUGAAUUUUAUUUAUCUGCACACGACUUAGUAGGGAACUAACCGGAGUGAGAAUAGAUCGGUGUCAGAUACAAAUCUCUAGUAUUAUCAAGACUAAAUACUACAAAGUUCAAACUUGAAUGCUAACGAAAUCUCUUGAAAAGCAAAACAGGUUCUCCUUUUGUAUAAAAUAAUUCUAUAUUUCCAACCAACUAGAACAACAAUGCCAUUUUUCUCCAACUUCUGUUUUUAUAACUGAACACCAGCGAAAUGAAUAAAUAUAUUAUUCGCGAAAAGAAAA